UCUCCGCCUCGGCUGUUCUCAUUCUUUGCCAUCCCCCAAAGCUAUUCCUUCAACGCCAGAUGCGUACCUUUAACCGUCCGAUCCCUCAUUGCCCGACCCAAUCCAUCCCAUCUUUCCUGGCGGCGGCUGUGGCAACCGUGAGGAGAACACUUUGAGCAGAGGCAGGGGGGAGGUUCCCGCCGUAAUAGGACGAGCGGCGGAGCAGAUGUGGGGGUCGGGGCUGAACCUGGUGACGACGGUGAUCGGGUUCGGGAUGAGCGCCACCUUCAUCGUGUUCGUGUGCACACGCCUCCUCUGCAGCCGCAUCCGCUCCACCGACUCCCGCGCCACCCCCUUGGACAUCGAGCUCCGCUCCGACGUCGGCCAGCCUGAGCACUCAAUCGGUGGCUUGGAACCUGUUCUUGUUGAUGCUAUUCCUACAAUGAAGUACAAGCUGGAAGCUUUUUCUUCCAGAGAAGAUAACCAGUGCUCAAUUUGCUUAGGUGAAUAUGAGGAAAAAGAGAUUCUGCGGAUCAUGCCAUCCUGUCAUCAUAAUUUCCAUCUAGCUUGUAUAGACGUCUGGCUGCAGAAACAGACUACUUGUCCGAUUUGCCGAUUGCCAUUAAAUGAGUCUCUCGAAGCAAAAUCUGCUGCAUCCCCCUUAUUUGACGACCAAAUGGAUGGCAGUCACGAGGUUUCUGGCGAUCAGUACAACCAAUGGAUACUUCCUAGUGGGCAUCAUGCAGAACGCAUGGAGAUCACUCAGGAGAUCCAUGAACCUGAAUAUGUAGUAGUUGGAGUUUCAUAUCAUGAAGGUCGAGAAGCUAGAACAUAGUUGAAAAGCAAAUCAAAAACCACAUUCUUGAAGCUCAGUGCUUGUUCAUGAACAAUCUCAAACUUCAUUAUGUUUUUCAUCUACGGAGACAGCAGAUGGGUUCCAUGUGGCUAAUGUGACCCUGUAGCUGAAUCGUUCUGUAAAGCAAAAUGCUGAGGCUCAUCCAAGAAUCGUAAACGGGAUAUUUCUUGGUCUUCACGUCUACGCAUUCAUUUUUCUAUGAAGGGGGACAUAACAAAGUGCAGAUGAGUAUCUGUGCAGUCUGUAAAGUUUGUACUUUGGGCUAUGUGCAAUUCAUUGAAAUUCUUUGCGAUCA